ACUCAACGCGGAUGAGUAAACCCUUGAAUGGAUUAUGCAUCAAUAAAUUAAAGCAACCAAACGGUGCAGCAAUGCUGAACAGUGAAAACAGCCCCCACUCUGCACUUGGUGAGGUACAGACUAAGCAAAUAUCUGCCUCAGAAAUGGAGAAAAAGACUUUAGAAAAUCAUGAAAACAGCCUGCCCUUGAAGUCCAGUGAUGAAGACAAUGACAGGUACCAACUUCCAGAUACUCAAAAUCGGGAACUUAAAAACUCAGACAGGAGUCACGAGUUGCAUAGCAAUAGUCAAAGAGAAAAACUUAGUAGUGGUGUGAAUGGAUUAAAGCACGACGCGCGAGUGUUGUCAAGUAUACCGAUGCCAUUACACGUGCAGAUGGGACGCAGUUGUGAACAGUUAGUGGGUGAGCCCCAGUUGCACGUGCAGGAAAUGAGCUCGACAGUUUCAUCUCCAGUUCCCACGCCCAAGACGAGCCCUAUGAACAACAAUCUGAAGUGCCUGGUGUGUGGAGACAAGUCAUCGGGCAUCCACUACGGGGUGCUAGCCUGCGAGGGCUGCAAGGGGUUCUUUCGGCGCGCGCUGCAAGAUGUUGGAGACCCUGCCAGGAAGAAGUGCUUCUACAAUAAGAACUGCGAUAUCACGAUUUUGACACGAAAUCGAUGUCAGUACUGCCGUCUGCAGAAAUGCCUGGCGUUGGGGAUGUCACGAUCAGCCGCAAAACUUGGCAGACGUUCUCGAAAGAUGCGUGACCUGAUAAGAAGCAUCGAAGACAAGCAGACUGAACAGGCCUUGCAUGGCCUACUGAGCCUGAACUCUGACAAUGAGUACCGCACAUUGAUAGACGGGCUGGACAAAGACGAGGUGAACCUGAACAGGCAGGAGAUCAACCAUCUGUCAGUGGCCGCCCUUCAGCUGUUACUGAAGCAGCGAGCAGAGUGUGGGCCAAACUACCCACGUCAAAGGGCCCACAACUCCUGCACGCCCCCACAGCACAACAGUCCCCGGUCUGACACUCCCCCACCCGCUCACAUCAAUCUUUCUUGCAGCACCGAAAACGAAAGACCUCUGGAUCUUUCAGACGAGUCCAGCCUGUCGAGUAGUCAUGACCAGCAGCUUUCUGCUAUGCGCGCAAGUUCCUUGCCAUUGAACCUGAUGACCACAGCUUCCCGGGCCCAGAUGAUGGGCUCCAUAUUGAAUAUGCAGUCUCAAUUGCCAUUCCAUUUACCGCACUCCCCUCUUGCCAUUAAGACUGAGGACAGACACCUAGAAGAGAGGAGGUCUCCGUACCUGCCGAUGUUCGAUUCAGCGCUGAUGGGUUCUCCCCAUAACCAUCCAGCUGGUCUGACCCCUCAGAGCAUAGCAGCACAGCAGUUUGCGGUUCAUCAGCAAAUGGCGGCUGCUCGACAGUUUAUUGCCCAGCAUCAACUUGCAGUCAGCAGCGCUAGUCUGGAUCUGAGAAUGGCAGCUUCCACAGCAAGUCGAGGAAUGGAAAGUCGUAGUUAUUACAAUGAAGAUGAAGAGGGUGAGGAGGAAUAUAGCAUGGGUUCAGAUCCCUCAAGCAAUAGCACUUCAAAAUCUGUGAUCAGCCAACAGUCUAGUCUAUUAGAUCUUAGAAAGGUUGUUAAAGAGGAGGAAAGCAUAAAGCACAGUCGCAGCCCUAUCAAGAAGCGACCGUACGUUCCAUCGGACAAAGAUGUGGACCCUGAGGUUGUGUAUAAACAUUCCCACUUGAGCACAGACAGUUCGUCAUCUUCCAUCAGAAGCUAUACCCCUGAUAGGAGGUCCUCUUCAACAGAGCAGUCCCCGCUGGCUGCCCCCUACCCCGCCCACCUGGUGCCAUUGUCAUCCUCUUACAACGUAGCCCAGCCAUUGCACAUCGACACAUCCGCUCAUCUUCACAUCGACAUGCGUGGCCCAAGGCCAUCUUCACCCAGAUCUUACCAUGAGCCCACUUCUCCAGCAAACUUUCAUAGAGUCAUCUCCCCUGAACUGCGACCAAGUCGAGAAAAGCUGCCCUCAAAUUCCGAUCACCACACGGCGGUUGUGGCGCCUAUUGUCCAAAGUCGAUACAGCUCACACAUGAAUAGAGAGGAUGAAAUGCGACUCACUGUUUCAUUGCUUACUGUAAAAAUCCAUGAGUCUUUCUUCCAGACAUUCACGUUUCUGAAGUCGCGUCUAGACGAGAUGCACUUUAAACUGCGCAACUACCAUGGUGGGGAAUCCAUGGACAGUAUUAUCAACCGCCUGCUGGCUACCCACCAUGACAAAUCCAACAGAUUCCAGGGUUUGGAUGGUCGGCCGCUGAAGACCGGGGAGGUGUGUUGGAAUGCAUUCCAGCGCCUCCUGAACCAGUCCAUUCAGGACGUUAUCAACUUUGCCAAGCGCAUACCCGGCUUCACAAACCUUGACCAGGAGGACCAGAUCAGCCUCAUUAAAGGAGGCUGCUUUGAGGUUGCAUGCGUGAUUCACGCCCAGUUCAUCGAUGGGGACUCUAACACGAUCUAUAUUGAGGGUCUCAGUGCCCUCUGGCGGCGCGAGGACAUGAAGCAGGGGUUUCCACUGGGCGAGCACUUCGUAGAGCUUAUGUUCAACCUGUGCAUACGCUUUAACACCUUCAAGCUGGGUGAUGCAGAAAAAGCACUGUUUAGUGCCCUUGUACUCAUCUCACCAGACCGUCAAGGCCUGAAGAAUCGAGACAAGGUGAGCCGCCUGCAAGAACUGCUGAUCCAGGCCCUACAGAACCAGGUGGGCGCCACGCACCCCGAGGAGCCAGGCCUCUUCCCCCGGGUGCUUAUGAGCAUCUCCAGCCUGCGCGAGCUCGGCGUUGAGCACAGACGUAUGCUGGGCAGUCUCAAGGGGCAGAUCAACUUUGCCCAUGACCUUUAUGCAGAAACCUUUGACCUGCUGAGCUAGUUUUGCAGCAGUGUUUACAAUCGCUGAGUGUUUAUGUUAGUUUUUGAAGUCAUUUAUGAUCCUAUGUUUGAAUCAGUGUCUCAAGUUUUAACUGGUUCUUGUUCUUUCUCUCAUUUAUCGCAAGUCACAAAGUGAAGCGAUGAAAUCACAAAUCAUUGAUAUCAUAAGCUUCUUACAAUAUUGUUGUUGUCAUUGUUAUUAUUGUUUUUUUUUGCAUUAUGUAUUUAUUGCUGAUCAUUGUCUUUGAUCCAUGAUGGCAUAUAUAAUUGUUUAUAUGGUUUUUGUACUUUUUCUAAGGUGAUAACUCUGUGUCCCUACAAAGCAUAUACAAAGUGGUUUUUUGUAGACUUGCAUUCUGAAAAGGAAAGUGUUAACUCCUGAGUGAGGCAAUAUCACGCAGUAGAACAGAAAUUACACAAUUAAAUUAGGUCUGCAAUAUAUUAACAUUUGCAUGGUAUGUAAUGUAUAUAUACAGCAAUCUUUUGCAGUAUUGUCCAUGUUUAUGCAGUCAUUCGAAAUAAUGGUAAAACAAAAUUAUGAUGAAUUAGAACAGCCAAAAUAAUCAGCUUACACAAGCAAAGCUUUCCUACUUUAUUUCAUAAAUGUCUUCAAAUAAGGUUUUUUGAUCUCUAUUUAAGCAAGUUCAAUCAUGAAUAUUGAAGUAAACAUGUUUUUAAUAGAUUCUAUUGAUUCUGUGGAAAUACUUGUUAUGACAUGUAUUGUAUUAUUAUGAACAAAAGACAGUAACAUAAUUUGCCCCAUCGGUGCAAAAAGGUUUUAUGUUACAUUGAAAUUAGAAGGCAAAUGGUACCUUUUUGCACUAAUGAGGCAAUAUUACACUGUAACUCAGAAUGUUAGUAUUUUGUUCCAGCUUAGAUUUAAAUGUCAAAGUUGAAAUGUUAAUGUCAAACAACGUUUGAUUUAAUAAUUAUUUUUAGUUCUUAAGAAGCACUACCUGAUUUAUCUUGUUGUCGAUCAAACUUGUACAUCAUUUGAGCAGAUGGUAACUGAUGAUGGUUUCAUACUUCCAUCAAAACUUUAUUCUCUCUUGAAUUUUAGAUUUCUUUUUAUGCAGUUAUUGACUAGACAGAAAAUGCUCUAAUAUUUACUGGUAGAUAAGCUUAUUGACUGAGGCACAGUGGUCAAUUAUUAAACUAAUAAUACACAUGUAAGGUUUAACUGGUGUUGCACACACUUGUCUGUGAAAAAGAAUGCAAAAGGGUAGUCAAAAUGUGUUAUUUAUUAAUGAUGUCUUUAACAUGACAUCUAAUAAUGCCUAUGGUUUUCUUUGCACUUACAUUGUUUUGAGCAUGUAAAAACGGGGGACAACACCAGUUAUUUUUUAUAUGACCACUAUCUUUCGUAGACUUCUAUCAUGUUGAUUAAUAUUAAAGAAAUUAAUAGUCUUUUGAAAAACUUGGUUAAGUGGGGGCUUAAAAAAGAUUUAAACAAAAAUACUAUUAUGUUAGAUUUUGUGAAAUGAUUUUCAAUUAUCUAUGCAUUUGUGUUUUGUUCUUCUUUUUUGUAAUCAUGUUUUGUUGUUUUGUACAGUUUAGUAGAUUCUGUCAAAAUAAUUAUGUAUUCAGUAAAGAAAAAUGUUGUUUUUUUUCUUAAUUUUGUAUCAUAAUAUUUGGACAAGGGUAACUGACUCACUGAUUAGAAUUUCUCUGCCACACACAAAUAAGUCUCGUCAGUGUGGCUAUACUGUGUUCAGAUCACUCAUAAUUUGUAUUAAUGUACAGGUACAGUUCAGUCUAUGGAGACAAAGCAGGUAGUCAGGCUGCUAAGCAAAGUAUGGGGCUGCAUUUCUUUAAUUACAUUUGCAUCUGCCUUGCUCUGGGAAAAUGGGGUUUAAUGCAAUGUAAAGUAUCCCUGCAGAUUAGCCGGUGCAGUCUGGGAAAAUGGGGCUAAAUGCAAUGUAAAGUAUCCUUGCAGAUUAGCCGGUGCAGUCUGGGAAAAUGGGGCUUAAUGCAAUGUAAAGUAUCCUUGCACGUUAGCCGGUGCAGUCUGCAGAGGCUUAUCAAGGACAACACAUUUUGCUUUAAUGGAAUUACAGUAUUUGUAUUUGUUGAUUGGAAGUCUCUUUAAAGGCAAAAAGUUUUGUCCUUGGUGAGCUUGGGCUGACUUUAUAUGCUAAACUGGGACGACACUUUACGCACAUUCAUUAAACCAAGUUUUCACAGUGCAAGGCUCAUAUGGAUUUAAGUAUGAUUAAAGGCAUCAUAGUGUCACUGUUGCUGCCAGAUGUAUAGCAUGAAAACUAAAGGCAUCAUAGUGUCACUGUUGCUGCCAGAUGUAUAGCAUGAAAACUAAACACUCAUUUAUACUCUUAGGAUUAAUCUUAUAUAUUUCCUUCAUGUUUGAUAAUUUGUGUUCGCGCAAUAUUAUGUUUAAUCAAGUGUGUUUAAUUUAACCAUAGAUAUGGUUUGGUGUGAUUCUGUUUUAUUGAUUUUACUCAAUUCCAGUACAGAAAUAAAAUAAUAUCAGUGCAUAAAGAUUAAUGUGAUAUUAAUAUUGCUAAGCUAUUUAAAGUGUUUAACCCCCAUUUUAUAAAUGUUGAGUCUCAAUAUAUAUUAAGUUUAUAAUUUGAAGUGAUUAAUGGAUGAAGAUGAAGAGUUAUAAAUAUUGCUUCUAUGCCUCUAGUCAACUAAAACCAAUACAUAACUAAGUUAAUAAUAAUUUUGUAAAGCAUAGAGCUAAACUCUUCCAUACCAUACUUUGAUAAACAUUUACAUGUUGCAUCAUCAGUGGUCCUGUCCACCAUUAUGAUAUUUUACUGACUUGCAAUUGCGAGUGCUAUUUUGAAGAAGAGAUUAUUUUUAGUAAUGGGAUGCAACUCUUGUCAUUGUUUUGAUUCAAUGAAAGUGUAAGUUAUCUUUCCUACUAGAAGAAUUGUAAUAUGACGGUAAUAAGAACUAUUUUUAUAAUAAAGGGAAACAACUUAAUUUCAAAAAUAUAAAUAAAUUGUGCAACUCAGUUUCAAUACUUCCAUACAUUUUGUUAUUGUUUAGAGCUUUUUAAAGAUCAUUUAUAUUCUAGGAUAUCUUUUUAUGUCUUGAAUCAUGUUGAUUAAUUUGUGCUGUGAAAGUUGAUACAAUGUCACUAUAUGUAUAUAGUAGAGGUAGUGCAGAUGUUUUCUAUUUAUUUAUUUAUUAUUUUUGAGAAGUUAAAACUUGAAUGCUUGUGAAAUAUUUAUUGUUAGAAAGGAAACUUAAUGUUGAUUGCUAUUUUACAAUCUUUUGUAAAGAUGUUGAGAUUUAUCCAAUCUUUUAUACACUGUUGUUUUUGUACUUGUUAAGUCUACCAUUUUGUUGUCCUGUUUUAGUUCUCUCAAAUUCAAGUCUUUAAUUUAUAGCAUAAAUUCAAGAAGACAUUGAUGUUUUAUAGCCAAAGUAUUUUAACCUGUUUCCUUGUUGUAUUGUGUUUAGAUUGUUUCCUCUAAUUCCAUUUUUCAGACAAUACAUUUCUGUUUAAAAAACUAAUAAUUGACUGCUGUUGUUUUAUAUUUUGCUUUUAAUGUUCCAGUUUUGAAAGUUCACAAACGCUUAAGUGCAAAAUCAUAGCAAAUUAGUUGUAUAAGAUUUAAAGAACUAAUGUUCAACAAAAUGUGUACAAUUGGAUAAUUUUUACCCUAAUUUAAAAUUGUCGGAAGGUGUAUAUGUAAUUUAAAAAAAAGCAAAAUGAUAAUAAAUCAGAUAUGGACAGAAUAUUGCAAAUAUGUUCGUUAAAAAUUGUGUUUAGGUUAGUGCAUUUUCUAACAAAUAACUAUGAUUUAAUCAUUGCUUAUCCUGAGAUUGCCAUGUAAAUGUUUCUGAAAGUGUCAUGUCAGCCAACCUAGUGUCUGUAUUUGUCCUGGUGCUUCAUAUACAUCCUCAUGAUCCUAUGGUUACAUAUCAGACACAGACCUUGUGGUUUUAAACCCAUUUUCAUGUUGCUUCUUCUUACUGUGACCAUGCAAAAUGUACUGUAAAUGUUCUGUUGUGACUAAACAAAACCGAAAUUUUUGCAUUGAUGAUUGUACAUUUUUUGUGCUUUACUUAUUAUUACGGUAAUUUUUAUCAUGAAAUGUUUAUCUAUUGUCACAAUUUAUGUUUUUAUUGUUUAUUUCCGCUUUUUAUACAAAAAUGGUUUCUACAGAGUCAGACAUGGUGCUUGGAUGUAGCGGAUAUCGUCCUGCCAAUUUUUAUUAAUCAUCCUUGUGUUUGACUUUGUAUCAAUUUUAUUUUUCAAGAUGAAUAUGUCUAUAUGUCAUAUGACAUUUUGAGUGUAAAUGUGUGAUAAUUAUAUGACUCAUGUUUUGUUAAAAUGGGUUUUAUUCCACAUGCAGCCAGCAUAGCUCAAGACCAGCCUGCACAAUUGUGACUGCUUCUUGUUGGUAUUUACCCUUUGCAUGCUGGGAAAUUUGUCGUCUGCUAAAAUGUUGUCUGAUGAAUUUCUAAAAUUAGCAUUUUCUUCUAUUUUUUUUCAAAGAAUACUAUCAGAAUAGCAAAAAGUUUGGAUCCUGAUGAGACGCCACGUUCUGUGGCGUCUCAUCUGGAUCCAAACUGUUUGCAAAGGCCUUCAAAAUUCGGUUCCCGCACUGAAAGAGUUAAAGUCAGGCAAUGUUUUGUGGUCUCAUUAGGGGACAUUAUGACUCCUUAUCAGAGUAUACAGAUUCAGAGGCAUAUCUGGAGCUACUCUGUUCUGAUAUCGCCUUAUAUGUUAUAAGGCCCAUUUUUGUGCGAUAUGAAUCAUGCUAUGCUUCAUUAGCAAGCUACAAUUAUUGUUUGAUCAUUGGUUAUAUAUUUGUUCAACAUCUGCCAGAUGUUCAUUAACAUUCUGUCAACCCAUGGGUAAUGAUUAAUAAACAUUCGAUGUAUAUCAUGCUUGAGCAUAAAACAGUUUUAUAAAGGCAUCUUUAAAAAAAAGUCAUAUAAAAAGAAAAUACUGCUAAAAUGAAACACAAAACAUUUUUACAUUUCUUGCAAUUCACAAUUUCUUUUUCAUCAUUGAACACGAAAAACAUCUGCUUGAUCCACUUAAGCUGUAUAAGAUUUUCUGUCACCUGUAAUCAAUUCUUAGUGCGGAAAAGGAAGGAAACAGAUGUUUAAUAAAAAUAUAAAUAACAUGAAAUAAAUUCCUGAGAAGAAAAAACAUUAUUUAUAUUAAUCGUAAUUAUUGAGGUUUAUUUUCAAAAAAUUGAAAUUAUUUGUGAAUCCACUCCUUAAUUGAUUACCUUUCAAAAGGUACCACCCAUGCAUCAUUUUGUUUGUUUUUCUUGUUUAUUAUCAUUGUUGUUGUUCUAUAUUUUUAUUAGUGUAUGGUUUUAAGGUUCACUGUAGUGCUGUACAAAACUUGCUUUGCUGCAAAACAUUACACCAAGUGUAAAUGCUUUUUAGUUGAUGCUUUUUUCACACAUCUCUCAUAAAUAUUUUAUUGCAUUUUGUGCAUUGUUUGUUGCACUGCAUUUUUCAAAGUGUGUCAAUGACAGAAUUCCAUUUGCAGUAGUGGUAAUUAGAAGUUUGCCAUCAUCGGGUUAAUAAGCUCACUUGGAUUGUUUUACAAAUGGUUGAUUGUUUGAGGUUUCAAACAAAAAUAUUUUUAUUUUGUUAGUGGCAUAGUUAUGGCAGUUAAACAAGUAGGUUGUUUUGCAGAAUGAAAUUUGAAUAGAGUUAAUGAGUCUGAUAAAAAGAAUUUUCUCAAAGUUUUACAUUUCUGUGGUAUUUACAAGUUUCAAACUGGCAUGCACAUAUUUUUGAGCUGAUUCACAGACACACACACAAUCAUCUUUUAAUUUGUUAUUUAUCAUAUGCACAAAAGUUAAGGAUUAUUUUCAAUGAGAAACCAAAUCUGUGUGAUUGAAAGAAUAGAUUGUUUGUUUAAAAAAAAAUGUCUGACCAAAAUAUUUUUUACAAUUGUAUUAAACUAAUAUUCAUGUAAAUAGUUUCAGCUUAGAAAUAUGAGAUGUGUGUAGUUUAGGUUGUGUUUACAACAAAGUGGUUUCCUGCUUGGCAAGAAAGUAAAAAUGUAAAGAAAAAGUGUUGGUUUUAACCUUAAAUUACAAUAUCAUUAGAUUGUUUAUGCUUGAACAUCCUAUUUGUUUACUGUUGAGAACUUCUGUGCUGAUUACAUACUGACAUAUAAGGCAAAAUUUGUAACCGAGACUAUUCACCAUCUUGGGAUUUUAUGGAAUAAGUACUACCAAGGUAUUGACAAAUUAGCACGAAGAAAAAAAUCAAUAAAAAAUCAGGAUUACAAAACAAAAUCAUUACAACUUCAUUAACGCUUUUAUUCGCGUUGCAAUAUCCUCUGCAUAACACCAUUAAUUCAUGGCAUUUCUUUAGUUUUCAUACUUUAUUUGGCCAAGCCAACUUGUACAUGUUACAUUGUAAUAGACGAAGGUGCUUGCUGUGAUGGACUUCUGUUUCAAAAGUGCUCAUUAUGUACGCAGUUUUUCACUUCCAUGGUCACUUACUUGCUUUCAUGUUUAUAUAAAGUGGUGUUUUUUGAAAUAAUUUAUAUUAAAUAACACAGCAUCCACCUGAACUCUUGAAGAGACUUAGGAGCAUCCAAGUUUAUUAAGUUUUGUGCAUGUUUUGAAAUUGAAGUAAUGUAUCUUCCCUGUAAAUUUUAAAGUAUUGCACCAGAAUUUUCAAAUAAAGAACCAUUUUUAGACUGGGAUCUGUUCUUAAAUUUUCACAGUCAGGUUUGAUUUUUGUUGACAUAGAAAAUAAUUUGAUUCCAAAGUCGCAUUCAUGCAAUUUAAUGUAUGUCAAAGUUUUGCUGCGGAAAAUAUUAGAAAAAUCAGCGCCUAAUUAACCUGAAACUCAAACAAAGUAAAUUUCUAACCAAACAUAACUAUGCAUAUUUGUUGCAGGCUGUACAAAGGAGCCUUAGACAAGGUGGAAUACAGAAUUAACAUGCAUUCCAGCUUCUAUUCUAGGUUCUUAAUGAAAACAGAUUAAAUGAAAAAUAAGGAUGCAAUAUAAUUUCUUUAGGACUUUUCCGUGCAGGAAUCAGAUCAAAUUUUUUAUAUCAGAAAAAAAUAGCAACUCAUAACAUAUAAGUAAGAAAUAACAUUUAUUUUGGGGAGUUUUCUGUGCAGGAAUUAGAUUGGAUUGGUAAUGGUGAAUUUGACAUUUUUACAUUUUAUAAAGCUUCUAUCUUUCAAAAUAUCUCUUUUCUGAAGUUGUAGGCAAGAAUUUAUUUAAGCGAUAUGCUCUCUGAUUUGACGUGCAUGCAAACUGUGUGUGAAAGCAUUCAUUAUCGUGUGAAGACAUAGAUGUAGACUUGUAUAGGUAGUCAAACGUGAAAAUGGAGUUCUGACUGCAAAUGUGUACACUUCAGUAUCAAAAUGUUUUGUAUGAGAAUCUAAAUGACAUUUUUCUGUAUUAUCUAUGAAUUUCGACUGAGAUUAGCUCAAAUGUUUACUAUAAUAUUGGGCUGACAGAUUAAUAAAAAAAAUACAGAUGGCUGAUUGAUUGAUUGAUUGAUUGAUAGAUGGAUUGAUUCCUAUUUUCCCUCCAACAUUAAAAAAUUGAUUACAAACAUAGUAAUAUUGUUAGCAGACAUUACUAGUAGUUUGCAACUGAUGUCAAUUUGUAAUUGAUGAAUAUUUUUAUGACAGGUAUUUGAAUAAUCCUGGUUUAUCCAAGCUAUUCCUUAAGUUUGUUUUUGUUUAAGUUUGUUAUACCAAAACUUAGUUUUGCUGAUAUAAGUGUGCUUGAAGAAUACAUGUUUCUUGUAUGUGAUUUUUCUGCAAUGUUCUUGACAUAUCAACCCCGAAACUUGUUGUGAUCUUUUUAGUCAAAUUGUAGUUGAAAAGCUGUCCACUUGAUUUUUGUAUUGUAAACUUUUAGAAGUGCUAAUUUGUGGUUUUUGAAAUUUUGUGUCUGUAUGCAUGUGUUAUUUAGCUGAUAGGAUUGGUGCAUUUUUGUGUAUUUGUACACAAUUUAUAAAAUAUGUAAACACACAAUUCUGAAGAUACUCACUUUAAAAAGAUUUACUACAUUUGUAACCAAAAAAAUGUAAACAUAUUUAAAAAGUAUUUGAAAUUAGUGUAAAUCUUUAUUUUAUAGAUUGCAUUUCAACAUGUGAUUUAAUAAUAUCCAUUUUGUUUAAACUGAAUAUGCAGCAUACCUUGGAGAUACGUACCAGUGUUAAAAGAAUUUCACGACAUUUAUUUAUAUUAGUUUGAUUUAUACAAUUUCAAACCAUAUUUGUAAUUAUCAAAACCAGUGUGUGCGCGUCUAGUUGUAUAUAAGUUGUGGUCACAGCUCACGGUGUUACCCACCAGUGUCUGUUGGCUGUUGUGUGGGUUUAUGGGUGUUGUCUACACUUGUCCUGCGUCAACCCUCUGUGUCAACGUUAGAAUCUCAACAUUGUCUUGUCGUUGUUUGACCAGCAACAGAAGUCCAGCAAAAUAAAACUUCCAUUUUCAGCUU